AUGGACAAACCAGCGGUCUAUGCUCGCGUUAUUAAAAUUAUUGGCCGCACUGGCUGUCAGGGUCAGUGUACACAGGUCAAAGUGGAGUUCCUGGGCGAGCAGAGCCGUCAGAUGAUACGUAAUGUAAAGGGACCCAUCCGCGUGGGUGACAUUCUCACACUUUUGGAGUCGGAACGUGAGGCCAGAAGGCUUUGUUAGAAGAGCGCAAAGCAGCAGAUGUCUUGGAGUGCUUAAA